CAAACAAAGCCGGCUCUCUUCACUCGCCAGCACGAGAAGUCUUAACUACAAAAGAGAGAAACCUCCGAACAAACCAAACAGCGUCCUACACGCCUCUCCCCUUAUAUAGGUGCAUCGUCUCUCCCUCUCACGCUCGUCGCGUUCUCUCUCUCCCCCUCUCUCCCUCUCUCUCUCUCUCUCUUUAGUUCGUUCGGCUUUCUGUUGAUUGAUUCGGAGCUCGGAAUGGCCGCCGCCGCCGGAGCAGCACCCGCUCGGGCUUCGUUCGCUCUGAGGCAGGCGCAGGUGCCUGUCAGCAAGAUAUGUAAUGUCAGGUCUGUCUCCCUCCCCGUGGCUGGCAGAAGUUUCCCAUCUCUUAAAGCACGGCACUUCCAGGUCUUCUGUGCGGCUAAAAAGGAGACGGUGGAUAAAGUGUGCCAUAUAAUAAGGCAGCAGCUAGCUUUACCGGAUGAUGCUACUGUGAUUGGAGAGUCAAAUAUCUCUCAACUGGGAGCUGAUUCUCUGGACACGGUGGAGAUUGUGAUGGCAAUUGAGGAGGAAUUUGGGAUUCUUGUGGAGGAAGAUAGUGCUCAAAGUAUCACGACUGUCCAGGAAGCUGCGGACAUGAUCGAAGAGCAACUUAAGAAGAAGGGCGCUUAAUGUCUGAAGAAACAGUGAGGAAGAUGUUCUUCGUGUGCUCUUCUUAAUUUAUGCAUUAUCUUUGUGCCCGUUGGUCCUAGAAUUCCGAAUUGUGUCUUCGAUGUACUUGCAUUUUAUUUCCAGAGUCGUUGUGCCCAAUUUAGAUUACAGCAACUCCCAAUUGCUCUAUUUUCUCCGGGUUGUUGCGUUGA